CGGGCCCCGCCGAUCAUUUCGGCUUGCGAAAAUCCUACGCGCACCACGUAGCCCGCCGCGCACCCGGCAACACACAGCCAGUAGCCUCAACGGCACACAGCGAAGACCGAUCCGUGGGCACGUUAUAACGUUUUUUUUCACUUUUUUUCCGUUUUUCUCAAUUGACCGGAUCGACGUGUGUGUUUGUUUGUGUGUGUGUGUUGUGUUUGUGUGUUUCCGUAUUAAUGUUCGCGUGACUGUGUGCAACCGAUUUUCCCGUUUUAGUGAAUUACGCUUCUUUUUGUUUACCGCCACUGCCGCCGUUGCGUGUGAACAUAGUUACGAGUACUCGAAAAUUACUCUGCUAGUUAUUAGAUUUUUAGAGUAAGAAAAUUACUAUCGGCAAGAAGAGGAUAAAAGUGAUUGUUAAUAUAUUUUAUUCGCUCGUCCGCGUAACGAACUCUUAGUUUCCUGUUCGUUCUCGCGCCACUCAACAUGAAGCGGUCGCGACGAGCGUGACUAGGCACGGCAGGGCGUCUCGCGAUUGUGUAAAUGGUGUUAGCGUCCAGGGUACUGUGAUAUGUUUGCUGUUGACACGUGGACGACGACGGAGGAGGUGGCUUGCCCGGGCCAGCAUGAGCAUGAGAUGCGGGCUACAGACACUGCUUGAGGCUGCGCAAUUCGUCGAGUUACAGGAAGAAUUCGAGAAACAACAGUUGGUCACCUUACACGCAGCUGAAGAACCAUUGUCGAAUAGCGAUGCUGGUUAUCAUCCAUCCUCGGUAACAUUACCUAGCUCCGAUCUACCGAGGUCGUUAAACCAUAUCGAACCGCCAUCCACGCCACCAAGUCAACAGCAGCUUCAGCAAGCCACCUCUGUCUUAUUACAGCAACAACCUCAACCACAAACACAAGCACAACAGCAGCAGCAACACCACCACCACCACCAACAACAACAACAGCCUCAAACACAACAUCUUCACCACGUAUAUAAACCUACAGUCACAACCGUUGUAACCACUAACAAUAGUAACGCUGUUGCCAUUGUUAACAAUCACGACGAAAAUGUUGUCGCGUUGUCUUUGGCUCAAGAACUUAAAAGACGCACCGGAUCUGGCACAAGAGAAGUGCAUAAUAAAUUGGAGAAGAACCGCCGUGCGCAUCUUAAGGAAUGUUUCGAGCUGCUCAAGAAACAAGUACCCGCAUCUCAAGACGAGAAAAAGACUUCGAACCUAAGUAUACUCAGGAGCGCAAUUCGGUAUAUUCAGGUGUUAAGGCGAAGAGAGAGAGAGCUGGAGCACGAGAUGGAAAGACUAGCCAGGGAAAAAAUUUGGGCCCAACAGAGGCACGCAUCUCUUAAAAAAGAGCUGGCUGCUAAAUGGGAUCACAUUGAUUUCAGUAAAUUGUUGCCGGACUUGCCGCCCGACGUGAUGACCACCAGGAAGACUACUAUAGCCACAAGUAUAAACGGAGAUUUCGAGACGGAAAGGGACGCUAGUAUGGUUACUAGCGAUGCGGACGACAGCAAACUCAGUGCUCUGUAUAGUAGUACAUCAUCGCUGUCAAGUUCCUCUCCGCCCACUCUGCCGCUCAUCUCCGAUAUUACUCCCCAUCAGGUGCAAGUCGUCAGCACGUCUCCGAUGAUGGGGAGUACCAUUCACAUAGUUCCUCAGCCCAGAAACUCGUCUUCGUUACCAUCUAACACUUUGCAACAGCAAACUCUCACGUUUGUCCAUCAUAAAGACGCUCUGAAUCAACACGAUGGUACUACUCAAGCCGUGUUGACCAAGGUGUCGAAUGGUUCAUUUACCUUGUAUGGCGAUCCAAAACUAACACCCAAUCGUUCCAAAGUGUCUCUUGCAGGCAUAAAGAUUGGCCCAAGUGUGAUUGAUCAUUCCAACAACACAGCAGCGGCACCAAUCAGGCUGUUGCAGAAUAAUAGUUUAAUAACAGCACAAACGUCAGUUGUAAAUAGAGGACAACCUACUCCAAAUCAUGUCAUAACUCGGCCAUUACUCCUAACUCAUCAUCAUACUAACUCUUCUCCAGCUCAUUUAGUACUAUCAACAGCUUCUUCUAAGGCAGUGACUAUUCCAAAUCAGCAAAUACCGCCACUGUCUAAUGGUCAUCUCUUAGUCAAGCCGAGUGCGAUGGUGGUUAUGAACAGUUCACAGCCUAAAUCGCAUCAUUCCGGCCACAAAGCAUAGCAUUCACCGAUCUUUAUGUUAAAUUAUAUAAACUAUUGUACAAUAAUACUAAUUUUUUUGGGGUUUUUGGUAAUAACAGUGUAUAAAAAUAGUGUUAAUAACAGUAAAAAAACAAAAAAUAAAAAACAAAAAAAAAAAAAAUGACUUUGUACCAUGU